UAUGACCAAAACUUACAGUUCUAUUCACCAAAUUGAAAUCCUCAAAGAACACAACCCAUGGACCAAGAAAGUCAUGGACAUGGUUGAUGGUAUUAGAAUCACUGGGGGACCUAUCACUGGUGAUAGAUUGAACAAAUUACAUGAAAUAGCAAACAAGUGGGCACAAGCAACCAAUGAACUUGUAUUGGAAGAGUUAAAUGACAGACUUAGCACCUUGAGAGAUAAGCUGAGACAAAUUGAGGAAGUAUACAAUCAAAACCAAUUCAGAAGAGCCAUUGAGGUCACAAAAAAUAGAACCAUCCAGAAAUAUGGCAAAAAGAUAAAUUGGAUCCAACUCAAAGAAAGUGUUAGUCUAGUCUCCAAUAAUCUCAAUGUCACGUUGGAUGAGACUUUUAAAAGAGAAAUUCGUGAUAAAUUCAAAGAACAACCAACCAUCCAAAAAGCCAAAAAGCCACCAAACACUCAAAGAGCUAACAAAGGGGACAGCUCCAAGAUAGAUAACUCUGAAAUACAAAACUUGAGAAAGGAACUGGCUAUUCUUACAGAUGUCUUCACUGAAUUGAGAUCUAAAAUUGUAGGGGAACAACAGGAAAUGGAACAGGGAAAAACUACAAAUGUACAUAGAAAUGUUUUUAAAACAAUGUUAAAAAUAAUAGAAACAAAACAGAAAUGGUUUUUAACCUAUGCAAGAGCUCCAAAAUUGACAGCUCUGAAAUGA